UGCUCGGUGUCCUGAACAAAAGCAUCCGGGUAUGUCCGGAAGCUGUAGGAGGGAUGGGCUAUGGCGGAGGAAGAACUCGGGAGAGCUGCGGGCUCGCGUCCGGGCCGGGGCCAGGGUCUACGCCUGGGCCGUCGGCGACCUUACACCUGGGAGAUCUCCGACUCAGACGCCGAAGGCACCAACAAUAGGGUGGUCCGCACCCAAGCCCCGAGUACAGGAAAGCACAGGGCUAGGGCCAAGGCGUUACGGGCAGAUCAGGUCCUGAAGCGUCUGGUGGUGUGCGUGGAUCCAGCUGUCCUGGAAGAUGCAGGCUCCGACAUCCUGAUGGAGGCGCUGGCCACCCUAGGCUGUGAAUGCCGCAUCGAGCCGCAACACCAGGCCCGCAGCCUUCAGUGGAGCGUUGUGAGGCCCGACCCGGCCCCCAGCGAUGUGCCUCUGGAGACAAGGGCUGAAAAUGACCAGGAACAGUUGCUGCUGCUGGAACCCCAGGAGUUUCUUCAGGGUGCUAUGCAGCUGACCCAGAUCACAGACCCACCUCGCUCCAUGCCCUGGCUUUCUCCCAAGAGUCCCGCCUGCCUGUCCCAUCUGGCUGUCAUUGGAUUGGAUGCAUACCUGUGGUCUCAGCAGCCCAGUUGUCAGAAGACACAGCAGCUAAAGAAGUCAAAGGAAGCGCAUGCCAAGGUGGCCAUCAGCUGGCCUGAGGUGGAGGAGGCUCUGGUGCUGCUUCAACUCCACGCAAGCCUGGAUGUGCUGUUGGUGGCCUCGUGGCAGGAGCUGAGUCAGCAUGUGUGUGCCUUCACCAAGGCCCUCUCCCAGCGCCCCUCUAAGCAGUACCGAGAUUCCCAGGCCUUUUCCUUCUGCACAGCAGGGCACUGGGCCUCAGGCCAGCUUGUGACCAAAGAUGGCUCUGGGCUCCGUGGAGUGUGGUGGCAGCAAAUCAGACAGUUCAACAGGGUCAGCCCAGCUGUGGCUGAUGCUGUUGUCGCUGCCUUCCCCUCCCCCCGCCUUUUGCAACAGGCUCUGACGGACUGCAGCACAGAGCAGGAGCGCCUGAGCCUCCUCGCUGACCUCCCUGUGAAGGCCCACAAGGGCAGGCAGCCUCGAAGAGUGGGGCCUGACCUUUCACGCCGAAUCUGUGUCUUCUUGACCACCACCAACCCCGAUCUCCUUCUGGACCUGGGCUCUUGACCACACCUGUGACAUCCCUGGGUUGCCUCCUGCCCAUCAGCAGAACAGGACAAGCCUGCUCAAGGGAGUGACUAAUUACUGAGGGGCAGGCAAGGAGGCCCAGCCACCAUUCUUUUCAGCCUGGGGUAGAUUGUGUUGUUCGAUAGUCAAAUGGAAGCACCAUGGGGUUGGGGGACAUGGAGCUGAGGUGAAUAGAAGAGUCUACUGGGUAGCAGGCAGCAAGGGUCCCAGAGUGACUGGGGCCUCAGUUUGCCCUUGGCCUGGACAUUUGUUACAGGGAGCCUAGUGACAGGAU